CGCGACACGCAGGCAACCGGGCGCCCUCGUGAGACUACGUGCUAAGCGGAAACGGUGGGAGGGGCGGCUGAAAUAUCGCGAUAUUUGGGGCUGCCCAAGACGCGCCAGGCGUGGAUGAAGAGACAGGUCCAGGGAGGGAAGUACCCUGGGCCAAGGUCACACAGCAGCUCAGGAGCACAACCAUGGACAGGGCCCAGGGCUCCUGAUGCACUCGCCGGGCUUCUGUGCCAGUGUCCUGUGCCCCACGCCCCACCCUGCUUCAGAAGAUUUUAAGUCCUGACAGAGCCUUGUGGAGGCCCGUCUUGGCAGGCUCCCGGGAUUCGAAGCCAUUAGAGCCCACAUGGAAUCCAGUGCCCCUUGUCCGGCUGCUGCACCCUUGGUGAAGAGACAGUUCCAUGUUCUCGUGGGUGUCACUGGGAGUGUUGCCGCCCUGAAGUUGCCUCUUCUGGUGUCUAGGCUUUUGGACAUUCCUGACCUGGAAGUAGCAGUGGUCACAACUGAGAGAGCCAAACACUUCUACAGCCCCCAGGACGUUCCUGUCACUCUCUACAGCGACGCUGAUGAAUGGGAGAUGUGGAGGUGCCGAUCGGACCCCGUUCUCCACAUUGACCUGCGGAGGUGGGCGGACCUCAUGCUGGUGGCUCCCCUCGAUGCCAACACCCUGGGGAAGGUAGCCAGUGGCAUAUGUGACAACUUGCUUACCUGUGUCAUCCGGGCUUGGGACUGCCGCAAGCCCCUGCUCUUCUGCCCAGCGAUGAACACUGUCAUGUGGGAGCACCCCAUCACCGCGCAGCAGGUGGGCCAGCUCAAGGCCUUCGGCUAUGUCGAGAUACCUUGUGUGGCCAAGAAGUUGGUGUGUGGAGACCAAGGUGGGCAUCUGGCCAGGCUCAUAGCCCAUCCCCACAGCCCAGGGUCACAGAAGGGCCCAGCUCUGGGGUCCGAUCCGGGUCUGCAUCCCAGCCUUUUUGACCUCAGGCAAAACCGUUCUCUGGGCUCUGUUUUCUCGUCUGGGAAAUGGAAGUCAUAAUUCCUCUCAGAGAUGGUAGGAUUAAACGAGAUAGUGUACGUCAAGUGACUGGUGUCCCUGGCACUCAGCCCGUGUACAGUUCAUGAUGGCUGCUGUGACCGUUCCUGGGGCCUGACCUGGGGGUGCCUCGGGAGGGAUUUGAUGGGUCUGGCUCCUGCUGACAUGGUCCUGGCCUUCAAGGCUCAGUUGAGCUUUGGGUGGAGCACUCAGGGGAGCAUUGAGCAGGGUGGGUGAGGGCUGGGCCCCUGCCUCAGUCUGCAGGCCACAGCAGAACCUUGCUCCCUAGGUCUAGGGGCCAUGGCUGAGGUGAGCACCAUUGUGGACAAAGUGAAAGAAGUCCUCUUCCAGUGUGGUGGCUCUCAGCAGAGUUGAACCCAGGAUUUCUGUCGUGUGUGUCCCUCUGCACUCAGCGUGUUUUCAGGCCAAGUCUAUGAGGAAGGUGGACUUUGGCAAAAUAACGGUGAAGACUUCUGCAUUUACUGGGGAGGGGUCUGGCCUGGGCCUGCUCCAGAGCCUCCCUGGGGCCUGACUUGCCUCAGGUUCAAUAAGACCAAAGGCCCAGGUCCCAACUUCUUUCCAGCUAAGAGAUGCCUGCUUUCCAGAACCCUCCUCACCUUUCCCUGGGAUUGGCACAGCAGGCUGCUGUAUGUCCCUGUGCUCUGGGAGGGGGACUGAGGGAUGACAGAGAAACCUUGAUUCUCCCUGGUGCCUGGGAGCCGCUUCAGCUCCUUGGUGGGCUGCCCGGACACCGUGCAGGGUCAGAGAAGCCUGUGACUGGCAAGACGCCGGGAUUCUCUGUAGACCGUGCUGGGAGAUCGAGGGCGCUGGGGAAUAAGGGAGCACUGGCGAAUAAAGAAGAGUGACUUUUAGGA